UCUGUAGUGCUAUGAGUUCAAUGGUCAGCGCGACGCACACAGCUCGCGCAGCCCAGCACAUCCCACAUACUCGCGCGACAUCAACAACAAUGGCAAACCGUAGUCUGUUUUGGUAGGAGAUUUCUGAUUGGGAGCUAGACGGUACGAAACCCUCGUCGCUGUAUUCACGUCUUAUUUCUUUUUUUUGUUUGAAUCGGUGAGUUUUAUUUUAAGACGAGCGCUCGUCUGUCAUAUUUUUCGUUUUUAAUUUUUUUUUUUCGAAAAUGUGCGAGGCGCUGUUGGCAAGCUCACACAGUCUGUGCAUGUGUGUCCCUGCUGCUUUUCUGCUGGGCUACAGCUACUAACCUAGCUGCUUUUCACUCGGUGGUUAGCUAACGUUAGCCUGGCCGCGUUUAUUGACUUGAGGGGAAAAACACAAGCGAAUGUAAAGCGUAUUUGUGCGAUCUGUUUUAUGACAACAACCUUUAACUAUUUGCUAAUCGUCGUUGUCGGGUACGGUAAGAAGUAUUGUAUGAUUUGUCGUAGAAAAUACUUUGCUGGCUAGCUAACAGGCUAGCUAUUUGUGUGUAUUCUUUGACUGAGGAAAACGGCGAGUUUUCUUUGAAAGUAUGGAUGACCAGACCAGGAUGAUGACGGGUCUCACCGGACUCGGUGGACUACCACAAGCCGAUGUCGGUGACCCAGACUCGGUCAGGAAACAGCAGUCCCUCGGUCAGCCUCAACAAGACAUAGGGGAUAUCCUACAGCAAAUAAUGGCCAUCACCGACGAAAGCCUGGACGAAGCACAGGCCAGAUGCUGGCCAGAGGAAUCGCCGGCGCAUUGGGGUGGAUCAGACGACCCCACAGAGGGAGGGAGAGCAGGGGGGGGCAUGGCAGGGGGUGGCCUGCCACUCAACUUCCAGCACAGGAAGCAUGCCCUGAACUGUCACAGAAUGAAGCCAGCCCUCUUCAGCGUUCUCUGUGAGAUCAAAGAGAAAACGGUGCUGAGUAUACGAGGUGUGCAGGAGGAGGACCCCCCAGAUCCCCAGAUCAUGCGGUUGGACAACAUGCUGCUAGCAGAGGGGGUGUCAGGACCAGAGAAGGGCGGUGGAUCGGCUGCGGCGGCUGCGGCAGCAGCGGCAGCAGGGGGCUCACCCACUGACAGCAGCAUCGAACACUCCGACUACAGAGCCAAGCUUGCCCAGAUCCGCCAGAUAUAUCAUUCUGAGCUGGAGAAGUACGAGCAGGCCUGCAGUGAGUUCACCAACCAUGUAAUGAACCUGCUGAGAGAGCAGUCUCGCACACGGCCCAUCUCUCCCAAGGAGAUUGAGCGCAUGGUGGCCAUCAUCCACCGCAAGUUCAGCUCCAUUCAGAUGCAGCUCAAACAGAGCACCUGCGAGGCCGUCAUGAUUCUGCGCUCACGCUUCCUUGAUGCCAGACGUAAGAGGCGCAAUUUCAACAAGCAAGCUACAGAGGUGCUGAACGAGUAUUUCUACUCCCACUUGUCUAACCCUUACCCUAGUGAGGAAGCCAAGGAGGAACUGGCCAAAAAGUGUGGGAUCACUGUGUCUCAGGUCUCUAAUUGGUUUGGCAACAAGAGAAUACGCUACAAGAAGAACAUUGGUAAGUUCCAGGAGGAAGCGAAUCUCUACGCAGUUAAAACGGCGGUGGAUGCUGCCAAUGUGUCAGCGCAGGCUAGCCAGGCCAAUUCUCCAGCAACACCCAACUCAGGCGACGCCUACCUAGGCCUGCGUUCACUCAACGGGGAGGGUCACAACAUCGCCCCCUCUCUACAGUCGCAGGUGGAUACCCUGCACCGUGCUACACACCUGACGGGCGGCUAUGAGGAGCUGUCGGGUAGUGGCCUCUACACCCCUCAUCACCUGGAUGCUAACAGCUGGCAGGACACCACCAACCCCCCCUCGGUCACCUCCCCUCCCGGUCCUCCUGGCAGCGUCCACUCCGACACCUCCAACUGAUCUGGUGGCUUUCCCUGCCAUCACUUCAUUCCCACUGUGGUCUGCUCUGACUACCAUCCUCUGUCCCCAUUCUUCAGUAUUCUCUUGUCUCUCAGCUAGACAGUCACACAUGGCUGCAUUUGCAUUUCAUAAACACACACUGUGCUGGAACACAGGACAGCCAAACAGUAGUUAAGAGGAAUUCUCCCUCCACCCCACAGCUCCAUAGCUCAGAAUGAAAGCGAGAUGGAGCUUACUGAUACUGAGACAGUAGAAAACAUCUUUACUAUCAAGGACUUUUUGAAAACCACUGACCCAGGUGUGUAGAUGAUCAUGAUGUCUGUACAUUAUGUGUAUAUGCACGUUAACUUCACACAGUACUCACACAGCUUGUCCAUAUGCUGUUGACCUCUGCACUCGACCCUUUGCUUUGGAAAACUGUGUGUGAUUGCCUGUAUCUCUUGAAGCCUUGGCAUUUGACAGCCAAACUGUUGAUACAGUUCACCAGGGAGCUCUGCUCACCUUGCUCGUACCAAAGUGCUGCCCCGGUAGUUGUCAACACAUCUGUUCCUCCGAGAUCACCCUCUGCCAACCCGACACAAGACGCUGUUGUAUCUUCCAGUCCUUAUAGCUUGAUAUUUCAUUUUGUUGGAGAUUUCAAAGUGAAUAAUUGAUACGUGCGCAAAGAUGCAUGCAACCCCCUUCCAUAACACACACGCACACGCACACACACACACACACACACACACACACUCUACAACUUCUCAGUCUUUUUCAUAGUGAGCUGACAUAAAAGAUGUGUCAAGCACAAAAGUUAGCAUCCUUGUUAUGGGUGUCUCUACCUGUAAAAGGGUAGUUAAGGGGAUCACUGUUUUAAACCAGGCAGGACAGGUGAUGAUAGGGCUGGCAAGAAGAGGAUGAAAGGGCAGAGAGAGGAGAAUAUCUUUGGUUGAGUGGAUGUAACUAAUAGCCCUUUUUGUUGCUAACCAAUAGAGGGUGUUGGUAGAUGGCUUGUAGACUUUACUUCUUGCUUUCUGUCCACUAGUUUAUUUGAUUGUAGGCUAUUUUCUAAUGCUGUUUCACCAAGAAUGCACCAGCCACCACCAAAAAUGAGCUCAAUAAAGCAUCGAAAUGACGUUAGGAGAAGGGUGGAAAGAUUGUGGGGCAUUGAUGUGUUAUUGGGACAAACGUGACAUGAAUUUAGAAACGUGACUGUCUUCCAUGCAUGUAGGACUUCUAGGCGUGAUAUUGUUUUCAUUUAACCUUCCAAGUUUUUAGCUUCGUUUUUAUUAACAAAAAAUAAAGGGUAUAAUUAUUACAGUCAGACCAAAAAGGAAAAAGUGCAUCAAGUAUUGCUAUGAUGUGUGUCUCUGUGUGGGCGUGUGUACAGUCUUCUUGGGAUGUUUUAGUCAAACUGGCUGGUGCCCUCUUACCUUUGUAAGCAUUAUAGAGACUGGGUGCUUCCACCAGCCAAUGACACAGCAGGUGGGGUUCAACUGAGAUCUCCUCCCCACCUUGAAACAUUUUAAGCUCGUGAGCCCGAGGCAACACGCUACAACCUUCUGUUGUACCAAAACCAAAAAUACCACAUUCAGCAAUGUAAUAAUGCUACUCUGUGUCUCUCUAAAGCUGGUGCACAACCACCUUUUCAGUUCGAGGCGAGGAGGGAAUUAUAUUUGUAUCUAUGUCUCUCUGUGUGGUGUUGUCAUGCCUCAAGUUGAUUUCAUUUUUGGGGUUUUUUUUUUGUUGUGGGGCUUCAUGGGAGGGUGGGUGGAGUGAGGACUGUCAUAUCAGACCUGUAAUUUGAUUGUGAGCAUAGAAGGUAUGCUCUCCCUUUUACCCAUCUUUCGGUAUCUUCUGGUAAAACCACAACCUUUUUUUGUUUUUAGUUCUAUGGCCAAUUGGGCAAGGGCUUUUCUCUCUCCUCUGUUACCAAAAAAAGAGGCAGCACUGGGUGUAUUAAAAAAAAAAAAAAAUUACUUGUGUUUAAGACAAACCUGCAGCGUUUUUGGGGAUUUUCAUUCUUUGAAACUAUUUUGUAUUACAUUAACUGUUAUGUGAAUAACAAAGCAUUUUGAUAGUAAGGUAAAGCCUUAUGAAUAUUUAAGUGUCAGUCAAAACUUUGUUGAACCAUAUGUUACAGAACAAAACUUGAGCUUGUAAGCUGGUCACAUGUGAUAUCCCACAUUUAAUUACUUGUUUUGUUACUCAUGGCAGUUCAUACGAGUGUAUCUUAUGAAUAACGUUAUCGCCACACCAAAUUAUCAUGCCCCCCCCACCCCUUCCCUUUUUUCUACCUGUUGUAAUGGAUGUCACUGUACAGUUUGUGUAAUGUUUCAGUAUUUUUUUUUUUCCUUUUAUAAACUUUGAUGUUUGGUUGAGAUGCCAGUUUUAUUUGGGCCUUUGUGUCACAGGAUUCACAAUAACUCUGUAUCAAUUUUGAAUAUUAUUUAGGUCUUUUGUUACAUAACCAGGUGACAAUGUAUGGUUUAGAGGUGUAACAUUUUGUGCUGUGGAAAGAUAAUGGUAUCAGUUGAAGUCCUACAAUGGACAUAUUUAGUGUAUUUUGCCAUGCUAAUCCCUGGACACCCUUCUCAUAUGAUUCCACCGGCAUUUCUUUUUAUUUUUUAUUUUCCAAAUACCCUCAGUUAUACAGUCUCUUUCACAAAUAUUCACCCACUUGUGUCUGAUUUGAUUCUUACUCUUGUUUGAAAGCUGUUCAAAUUAUUCCAUGAAAUGAGAAGUUCCUGUGUAUGGAGUGGAAAAAUGAUUUUUUUUAAAUGGACUAAGUUACAUAGGCGGUUGAUAAAUUCUAACUCUUGGAGCUUCAAAUUUAUCAGGCCAUGACAGCUAAAGUACAAGGUGCAGAUGCUGGCUGUUUUGUGGAAAGUUAAUGUCAGAUUAUUUUUGACUAACAACUAAAUAGCAACUUAGAUCAAAUGGUUAAAUUCUUGUUACACCCGGAAACAGGAAGACUCACAUUUUAGUGCUGGGUCUGCACUUUGCUCCAGUCAUCAUGCACCAGUUCUGUCACUCGCCUCCAGAGUAAUGACUACAGCCAAACACCUACGCCUAAACAGUUAAAUGUCAAUAUAUACAUUGUGUGGUCCCCUGUAAUUUUGCAACAGGACAGCAAUUUUCAAUCAUGUUUAAAACUUGUUUGAAUUCUGCAAGUGACUAAAUGACUUCCACAGCAUCAAAUGUCUUCUUAAGCCUUUUUGAUUUCUUUGUUUUUAUUAGUAUAUUUGUAUCUCCCCUCUUUCCCUUGUAUUUACCCCUCUCUCUACCUCUGUCUUUCCAUUUUUCUUGUAUAUAACCCCCACUGUUUUCAGACUUGUGAGUCUGUAUGAACUCCUUUUAUACCUCAACUUUAGAAUUGUUCUAGAAAGAGUAAAACAAAAGGAAGAAUAUGACAAAUUGUAGUGUUCUUAUUAGAAAAUUAAUAAAAUGAUUUAGUGUGUUUUUUUCUUUUUUUUUCAGUAUUUGAUUUCAAAUAUUAGGGGUGUUUCAUUUUAUAAUUUGUCACAAAUGCUCUUGUGAUAGUCAAAUGUAAUAAAAGGAGAGA